AUGAAUAUAAUUUCGAGUAUUUUUUUUUUCCUUCUUUUAAACUUAUGUUUAAAUGAAAUUAAUAUUACGAGAGGUGAAAAUGUAAAUCAGGGAAAGCCUAAUUUAAGACAUGGCAUGUCAAUGAGUACUGAACCGUUAAAUGAAAAAGACACAGAUGAGGCAAAGGAGAAUGAAGAAUUACAAAAUUUAGAUAAUACUAAUAAUAGUGAUAACUCUGGUAACCCUGAAGUAGAUAAUGUGUUCCCUACGUUAGAGGAAAAUUUAGAGAAUACAGAAAACUCCAAAACUGAAAAUGAAUUUACUGAAUCACAUAAUAUUAUAUCAAGCACAAUGGAAUCUGCUAAUGUUAAAAAAGUAAAUGAUGUAGGUUCUAAAUCUGAAUCAGUACUUCCAGAAGAUAAACUAAACUCAGAACAAAUAGAUGUAGAUAGUGUUCAUGAAUAUAAUGAUUUGAAUCAAAGUAUUGAGGAAGAAAAACACAAAACAGUAACUAAUGACAAACAUGAAGAUGAAAAAGUUUCAGAAUCAGAUACAACAAAAACAUCAGAUAUCUUAGGAAUAAGAAGCGAGAAAAUAGAGUUUAACGAAUCAAUUUUUCCAGAUCCAUUAAAAGAGAUAUCAUAUCAAAAGAACUCAGAAGUUUCUCAUUCAAAUAUUAUUUUAGGAGGACCAAGAAACUUGCCAAACACAAAUCCAAACGUACUAAUACCGGUGGGAAUACUUGAAAGUGAACAUAAAAUAUAUGAAGAAGAGGAUGCAGAAAAAGAAGAAAAGGAGGAUGAUGCAGAUUCAGAGGAAAAGGAAGAAUUGGAGAAAGCUGUGCACAAUCAUGAAGAAAUCGAUGAUACAUAUGAUGUAGAUAAUGAAGAUAACGAUGAAGAUGAUGAUGAAGAUGACGAAGAUGAUGAAAAAGACAAUGAUGGUAAUGAACAACAUGAGCAACGAAAUAGAGAUCAACAAGCUGAAACGAAGGAAAAUGAAAAAGAAGGAGAUCAAACAUCCCAUGAGACAGAAGAAGAGAUCAAAAAUGAAAAUACUGUACCAAGUGAUAAAAAUGUACAUAAAUCACAUAGUGAAGAAUAUAAAUCUGAUAAUGCUGUUAAAAAAUUAACCGAAUCAUUGGUAAACACAAUGAAUGAAUUAAUUGAUGAUGAUAGUGAGGUUUCAGACACGAUAAAGAGUUUUACAGGGGAUAUUACCAACUAUAUAAUGAAAAAUUAA